CCACUGAUCUGCUCCUUGCCUGGAACCCCAUUUGUUUGGGACUGGUAGAAGGAGUUAUCGGGAAAAUUCACCUUCAUUCAGAUCUUCCCUGGUGGCUUAUUUUAAUUCGGCAGAAAGCAUUGGUGGGCAAACUCCCGGAGGGAGACCAUGAGGUCUGUAAAGUUAUCAAAAUUGCCAUAUUGUCACUUUCUGAACUGGAACCUCAAGAGCUUGAGCUGGAGCUCUGUAAGAAGCAUCAUUUUGGAAUUAACAAGCCAGAGAAAAUUAUACCAUCCCCUGAUGACUCCAAGUUUCUACUGGAGACAUUUACACAUAUCAAAUCCAACGUCUCUGUUCCCCCAAAAAAACAGGUUAAGGAAAGUAAAGAGAAGGAGAAGCUGGAGAGACGACUACUUGAGGAGCUGCUGAAGAUGUUCAUGGACUCAGAGUCCUUUUAUUAUAGCUUGACCUAUGACCUGACCAACUCAGUGCAGAGGCAGAGCACCGGGGAGAGGGAUGGCCGUCCCCUCUGGCAGAAGGUCGAUGACCGAUUUUUUUGGAAUAAGUACAUGAUCCAGGAUCUCACUGAGAUUGGUACCCCGGAUGUGGACUUCUGGAUCAUCCCCAUUAUUCAGGGUUUUGUGCAGAUUGAAGAGCUUGUGGUUAAUUACGAGUCAUCCGACGAGGAGAAGAGCAGCCCAGAGACCCCCCCCUCAGGAGUCCACCUGUGUAGAUGACAUUCACCCACUGUU